UAGAGUGUCUCACCCCACCCUCGGCACCAUGCAGUACCGGACUCUGGUGAUGUACAUGGAGAUCGGCUGUUUUGUCUCAUGCCUCUCCGGGUGGAUCCUGAUCUGCUCCACUUUGCCUACCGAGUACUGGACCUUCUCAGAGGUGGGGAGUGUGGUGCUGACCACCUCCAACUACUACUCAAACCUGUGGAUGGACUGUAUCUCGGACUCCACCGGGGUGUCCGACUGCAAGUACUACCCUUCCUUGCUGGCUCUCUCAGUGUUUCUGCAUGUGUGCCGAGCCCUGGCCAUCGUAUCAGUGAUCCUGGGCUUCUGGGCAGGUGUUCUCACCUUCAUUGGGAUGAAAUGCACCAAGAUAGGUGGGUCAGAGAUGGCCAAUGCCAGGGUCACUUUUGCAGCAAGCGUCACCUACCUUGCCUCUGGGUUUUCUGGAUUGAUAGUAUAUUCCUGGUGGGGGAAUAAGGUGCGCUCCGAGUUUGUAGAUCCAAAUUUCAGAGCCCAGAAAUUUGAAAUAGGAGCAGCUGUGUUUAUUGGGUGGGGAGGAUCAAGUCUGGUUAUCGCUGCCGCUUCUGUCAUGUGUUACUUCUCGGGACGAGAAGUCUUCUAUAAAAAUGGAAAUAAACGUCAACCCAGGUCCUACGCUACAGUACGAUCCAGGUCCUACGUCACAGCACGCACGCGGACAUACAUGCUCCCAGGAUCGUCCAGACCAGCGCUAACUUUCUCCGGAUCUUCCAGACGGCCCACUCCGGUGCCACCGCUGUUCUCUGGUCAGGUCAGCCUGGCGAGCCAGGAGACCCGCAGCUCUCGGACUAAGCAACCGCGCGGGAGGGACUCGUUUGUCUGA